CCCAAUCCCGUAGGGACAGGUUUCACAAUUUCCCGGAUGGGGCUGUGGUGGAUCACAGUACAGCCUCCAGCCAGGAGGAUGGGGUGGUUCCCACUCCUGCUCCUUCUGAUGCAGUGCGCAGGGGUCCCUGGGCAGCGCUCGCCUUUAAAUGACUUCCAGAUACUCCGGGGUACAGAGCUGCAACACCUGCUACAUGCAGAGGGGCCUUGGCAAGACGAUGUGACAAAUGCUGAGGAAUGUGCAGGGCGCUGCGGGCGCCUAUUGGACUGCAGGGCCUUCCACUACAACGUGAGCAGCCAUGGUUGCCAGUUGCUCCCAUGGACUCAAGACUCACCCCACACACAGCUGCAGCGUUCAUGGCGCUGCGAUCUCUUCCAAAAGAAAGACUAUGUGCGGAACUGCCUCAUGGAUAAUGGGGUCAAGUACCGGGGCACUGUGGCCAUCACCACAGGUGGCCUACCUUGCCAGCGCUGGAGCCACAGGUUCCCCAAUGACCACAGGUACACGCCCACACUCCGGAACGGCUUGGAGGAGAACUUCUGCCGGAACCCCGACCGGGACCCCGGAGGGCCAUGGUGCUACACGACAGACCCUGCUGUGCGCUUCCAGAGCUGCGGCAUCAAGUCCUGCCGGGAGGCCGCUUGCACUUGGUGCAAUGGCGAGGAUUACCGCGGCGCAGUGGACCGCACCGAGUCAGGACGCGAGUGUCAGCGCUGGGACCUGCAGCGCCCGCACCCGCACCCCUUUGAGCCCAGCAAGUUCCUUGACAAAGGCCUGGACGACAACUACUGCCGGAAUCCGGACGGCUCAGAGCGGCCUUGGUGCUAUACCACCGACCCGCACGUGGAACGAGAAUUCUGCGAUCUCUCGCGCUGCGGGGCCGAGGCACAGCCGCGCCACGAAGCCACGACGCUGAACUGCUUCCGCGGGAAGGGCGAGGGCUACCGGGGCACGGCCAACACCACCGUCACGGGUGUGCCUUGCCAGCGUUGGGACGCACAGUACCCGCAUCAGCAUCGAUUUGCGCCGGAGAAAUAUGCGUGCAAGGACCUUCGGGAGAACUUCUGCCGGAACCCCGACGGCUCGGAGGCGCCCUGGUGCUUCACAUCACGGCCUGGCAUGCGGGUGGCCUUCUGCUACCAGAUCCGGCGCUGCAUCGACGAUGUGCGGCCGGAGGACUGCUACCACGGCGUAGGGGAGCAGUACCGCGGCUCGGUCAGUAAGACUCGCAAGGGCGUCCGGUGCCAGCGCUGGUCCGCAGAGACGCCACACAAGUCGCAGUUCACACCUACCUCCGCCCCACACGCACAACUGGAGGAGAACUUCUGCCGGAACCCGGACGGGGAUAGCCACGGGCCCUGGUGCUACACUACUGAUCCCAGGACUCCCUUCGACUAUUGUGCACUGCAGCGCUGCGAUAAUGACCAACCACCGUCCAUUCUGGAGCCCCCGGACCAAGUGCUGUUUGAGAAGUGUGGCAAGAGGGUGCCUCCCUUGGACCAGCAUCACUCCAAGCUGCGUGUGGUGGGGGGCCAGCCUGGGAACUCACCCUGGACAGUCAGCUUGCGCAAUCGGCAGGGUCAGCAUUUCUGUGGGGGAUCCCUAGUGAAGGAGCAGUGGGUACUGACUGCCCGGCAGUGCUUCUCCUCCUGCCAUGUGCCUCUCAUAGGCUAUGAGGUGUGGUUGGGUACCAUGUUCCAGAACCCACGGCCUGGGGACCCAGGCCUGCAGCGGGUCCCAGUGGCCAAGUUGGUGUGCGGGCCUUCAGGCUCCCAGCUUGUUCUGCUCAAGCUGGAGAGACCUGCAACUCUGAACCAGCACGUGGCCCUGAUCUGCUUGCCCCCUGAGCGGUAUGUGGUACUUCCAGAGACCAAGUGUGAGAUUGCAGGCUGGGGUGAAACCAAAGAUACAGGGAACAACAUGGUGCUAAACAUAGCUUCGCUGACUGUCAUCUCCAAUCAGGAAUGUAAUAUCAAACACCGAGGACGCGUGCGUGAGAGUGAGAUGUGCACUAGGGGACUGCUGGCCCCUGUGGGCGCCUGCGAGGGUGACUACGGGGGCCCACUUGCCUGCUUUACCCAUGACUGCUGGGUACUGGAGGGAAUUAUAAUCCCCAACCGAGUGUGUGCACGGCCUGGCUGGCCAGCCAUUUUCAUGCGUGUUUCUGUGUUUGUGGACUGGAUUCACAAGGUCAUACAGCUGGGCUAGGCCCGGCCUCAAUCCCGUGUAUCUUGGGAAGGAUGGAGCUUCCUUUCAGACAUAAAGCCACCUUUCCUCUUUA